ACAGUCGUCCCGGCCGCCUCCCAGUCGGGUUGCGGCCGAGGCCGGUCCUGGCUUUGUAGCUCGCUCAAGAUGGCGGCGCAGCCACCCAGCGGGAUCCGCCUCAGCGCGCUUUGCCCGAAGUUUUUACAUACAAAUUCUACUAGUCACACUUGGCCAUUCAGUGCAGUUGCUGAACUAAUAGAUAAUGCUUACGAUCCUGAUGUGAAUGCUAAACAGAUAUGGAUUGACAAAACAGUGAUAAAUGACCAUAUAUGCUUGACAUUCACUGAUAAUGGGAAUGGUAUGACUUCAGAUAAGUUACAUAAAAUGCUAAGCUUUGGCUUCAGUGACAAAGUCACCAUGAAUGGUCAUGUCCCAGUUGGAUUGUAUGGGAAUGGCUUUAAGUCAGGUUCUAUGCGUUUGGGUAAAGAUGCAAUCGUGUUCACCAAAAAUGGAGAAAGCAUGAGUGUGGGCUUCUUAUCUCAGACCUACUUGGAAGUCAUUAAAGCAGAACAUGUUGUUGUCCCAAUAGUGGCAUUCAACAAACACCGACAGAUGAUAAAUUUAUCAGAAUCAAAAGCAAGCCUUGCAGCAAUUCUGGAACAUUCUCUGUUUUCUACGGAACAGAAAUUACUGGCCGAACUGGAUGCUAUCAUGGGUAAGAAGGGGACGAGGAUCAUCAUCUGGAACCUCAGAAGCUACAAAAAUGCAACGGAGUUUGAUUUUGAUAAGGAUAAAUAUGACAUCAGAAUUCCUGAAGAUUUAGAUGAGACAACAGGGAAGAAAGGGUACAAGAAGCAAGAGAGGAUGGACCAAAUUGCUCCUGAGAGUGACUAUUCCCUGAGGGCUUACUGUAGUAUAUUAUACCUAAAGCCAAGAAUGCAGAUCAUCUUACGUGGACAGAAAGUGAAGACACAGCUGGUUUCAAAGAGUCUUGCCUACAUCGAACGUGAUGUUUAUCGACCCAAAUUUUUAACUAAAACGGUGAGAAUUACUUUUGGGUUCAACUGCAGAAAUAAAGACCAUUAUGGGAUAAUGAUGUAUCACAGAAAUAGGCUCAUCAAAGCUUAUGAAAAAGUUGGAUGUCAGUUAAGGGCAAACAAUAUGGGUGUUGGAGUAGUGGGAAUUAUAGAGUGUAAUUUCUUAAAGCCAACUCAUAAUAAACAAGAUUUUGACUAUACUAACGAGUACAGGCUGACAAUAGCAGCGUUAGGAGAAAAGCUGAAUGAUUACUGGAAUGAGAUGAAAGUGAAGAAAAAUGCAGAAUAUCCUCUAAAUUUGCCAGUUGAAGAUAUUCAGAAACGUCCCGAUCAGACAUGGGUUCAAUGUGAUUCCUGUCUAAAGUGGCGAAAAUUACCAGAUGGAAUAGAUCAGCUUCCAGAAAAAUGGUAUUGCUCCAAUAACCCUGACCCACAGUUCAGAAAUUGUGAUGUUCCAGAAGAACCUGAAGAUGAGGAUUUGGUGCAUCCUACUUAUGAAAAAACCUACAAAAAGAAAGACAAGGAAAAAUUCAGGAUCAGACAACCGGAAAUGAUCCCUCGGAUUAAUGCUGAACUCUUGUUUCGGACAACCCCCGUGUCAGGUCAAAGCUUUCCUCCUGUGAAGGAAAGUGUUCCAAGAGGACAUCUUUCAGAAGUGGCAAAUACUUACGCAACAAGACUUAUAAAUAAUCAUCGAGGUUCACCUCAGUCUGAACCUGAAAGCAACAACCUGAAACGAAGACUUUCUACUCGUUCGUCCAUUUUGAAUGCAAAGACUCGGAGAUUGAGUAAUCAAGCAUUUGAAAAUUCAGCUUAUAAAGAUGAUGAUGAUGAAGAUGUCAUCAUCUUAGAAGAAAACAGUACUCCCAAACCUGCAGUAGAUCAUGACAUUGAAGUGAAAUCAGAACAGAGUCACAUCGAGCAAAGUGGUCAUCAGGUUGAGCCUCUGGCUGAUAAGGAACCUUGUGCCCUGACUGGUUCAUCAGGCGUCUCAUCAUCCAGGUGUGAUCAGGGAACCACUGCGGCCACCCAGACUGAAGCCCCGAGUGUAGUUGUUAAAAAGGAAGAGGCACUUGAAGAUGAGAUAGACGCACGAAAUGAUGCAGCCGUGCCGCCAGCCUGUGUGGAAGCUGAAGGGAAGGCACAGGAAACCCAGGACACUUUUGAUAAAUCUGCGGGUGAUGCUAGUUGCCAGCUAAAUGAACUGAGAAAUGAGCUGCUUCUAGUUACCCAAGAAAAAGAAAAUUAUAAAAGACAGUGUAAUGUGUUUACUGACCAAAUCAAAGUGUUACAGCAGAGGAUACUGGAAAUGAACGACAAAUACGUGAAGAAGGAAACUUGCCAUCAGUCUACUGAAACUGAUGCUGUAUUUUUACUGGAAAGUAUUAAUGGCAAAUCUGAAAGUCCAGACCAUGUGGUAUCUCAGUAUCGGCAAGCUUUGGAGGAAAUAGAAAGGCUGAAGAAACAGUGUAGUGCUUUGCAGCAUGUGAAGGCCGAAUGCAGUCAGUGUGCCAGUAGUGAGAGCAAAAGUGAAGUGGACGAAAUGGUUGUGCAGCUUGACGAUGUGUUUAGACAGCUGGACAAGUGCACUGUGGAGAGGGACCAGUAUAAAAGUGAGGUUGAAUUAUUGGAAAUGGAAAAGUCACAAAUCCGUUCACAAUGUGAAGAACUGAAAACUGAAAUUGAACAAUUAAAAUCUACAAAUCAACAGUUAGGAGCAGAUGUUUCAACUUCAAGUAACAUUGAGGAGUCUGUAAAUUAUACUGACGGGGAAAGCCUCAAACUUCGAUCUCUUCGAGUUAACGUAGGACAGCUGUUGGCCAUGAUUGUACCUGAUCUCGAUCUUCAGCAAGUGAAUUAUGACGUUGAUGUGGUUGAUGAAAUUUUAGGACAAGUUGUCGAACAAAUGAGUGAAAUCAGUAGUACUUAAAGUCUAUUUUAAGUGAGAUAAUGAAAAUAUUUGCUCAGUCCUGUGGUUGUAUAGCUUUCAGAAUGGAAACACUUUUGUUUUAUGGAUAUGACAAGUGACAGACUGAAGAACCGUAAUCUUUACUGUAUUCUAUGCAUUCAAGUGUGGUCCCAAGUACUGUGGGCACACUUACCACACCUUUUGAAAUGCCUGAGAAUCAUUCUUACUGAACGGCUGAACAGCUAACUCAUGAUUAUGUUUUGAAGUGUAAAUACUUGUAAUUAAGUCUGCACAUAUUUUUUUAUUACCCUAGAGGACUUAAGUGUUUUUCACCAAGAGCUUUUCAGGUUGCCCCUAACCUUUGUGCAAUUUUUUCUGGUUCCUAAAGUGUAUUUUUCUCUGAAGUGAGGGCCGUGCCAUAAUACAGAUGGAAAUGUUACCUUUGAUUUUCUUACAGAAAAGUUUUUAAAAAAUGGAAUUAUGCUCCUGAUAAGUUGUAAGUGAAUUGAACAUUAAUGUUUCUUUUCUAUAAAUUCUUAUCUCCUGAAAUAUUUUAUUCAUGGAAACAAGGUAAGCAGAAACUCUCCAACCAUUUUAUCAGGAUUUUCCUUGUGCUGAGAUUGCCAAUCAUAGUUAAACGCAGUGUUUUUAUAGAACAAAGAAAUGAUCUUUAGUAUAAAAAAGCAUCAGAAAUAUUAAAUGUCCCACCACGUUUACUUUGAAGCCCAUUUUUGGCUGCUUCUUCAGCAUGGAAUGGGCACAGUAAUUGUUUAAUAUUUCUUUUUGUGAAAUUUCCUGUACAGCCUUUUGUAGGAUUACUACAGGUUAAUGAGAGUUGAGGAAGACAAUCUUUCUCAAACAGUACAGUAUACUUUUCAUUAUAUUACAGAGCUAAGUGUUUUAUGUCCUGGAGGUAAGCAGCAAACUGCCCUAGGAUUAUAGUAUUACAUGCCAUAAAAAUUAUGCUUUAUUGGUCCCUUGUUUGUGCAAUUUUAAAGAGAUGGCUUUCUAUUAAGUAUAACGAUGUAUAUAUAAUUAAGAAUCAUAUUUUCCACAACUGAAAUGUGCAUUAUUUUUUUUCAAAGUUUUAUCAUUGCUAUUUAUUUUUACUUUUGUUUCUGAACAUUCAAUACAUGUUUCUUUUGUAUGUAUGCUUAAUUACAUGUCUUUCAUAUACAAUAUUAAAUUUUUACUGUACAUUAACUUCUAGAAAAAGCAAAUAAAUGAAGGUUGUUUUUAUUUGCUUGAUAAAGUAAUUGAAA